AUGGCCGACGCUCAGCAGGCCAACAAGGCCCAUCGCAAGGCAAAGACGGGCGGUAAGGCCGAGAAGGGAAAAGCCAAGCAUGCCAACGGCUUCAACCCCAAGGCUUUCAUCUCCGCCAACCUCAACGUCGCUCAGAAGCAGAUCCUGCGCAACGCCGAAAAGGACCAGAAGCGUCUCCAUGUGCCUCUCGCCGACAGGACACCCGCAGACGAGCCACCGCCCAUCAUCGUCGCCGUCGUCGGCCCAGAAGGUGUCGGCAAGACAACGCUCAUGCGCUCCCUCAUCCGCAGAUACACAAAACAUACGCUCGCAGAGAUCAAGGGCCCCGUCACCGUCGUCACGGGCAAGAAGCGCAGGGUGACGUUCAUCGAGUGCAACAACGACAUCAACUCGAUGAUCGACGUCGGCAAGGUGGCCGAUCUCGUGCUGCUCAUGAUCGACGGCUCGUUCGGUUUCGAAAUGGAGACCAUGGAGUUCCUCAACGUCCUCCAGUCGCACGGCUUCCCCAAGGUCAUCGGCGUCCUCACCCACCUCGACCUCAUCAAAAAGGCAAAGACGCUCAAGGCCACAAAAAAGAGGCUCAAGCAGCGUUUCUGGACCGAGAUCUACGACGGCGCAAAGCUCUUCUACCUCUCCGGCAUCAUCAACGGUCGAUACCCCGACACCGAGAUUCAGAACCUCUCGCGCUUCAUCGGCGUCAUGAAGUUCCGUCCGCUCAUCUUCCGCAACGCCCACCCGUACGUGCUUGCAGACCGCAUGGAGGACCUCACACCGCGCGAAGAGAUCCGCGCCAAUCCCAAGGGCGAUCGCACCAUCACCGUGUACGGCUACCUGCGCGGCACCCAUCUGCGCCCCUCGCAGCGCGUCCACAUCCCCGGCGCAGGCGACCUCUCCAUCACAUCCAUCGAGAAGCUCAACGACCCCUGUCCACUCCCCACCAACGACUCCGAGAAGCGCAGGAAGCUCUCGGACAAGGCAAAGCUCAUCCAUGCUCCCAUGAGCGACGUCGGCGGCGUCAUGUUCGACAAGGACGCCGUCUACAUCAACGUCCCCGGCAGCUUCACCAAGAACGGCGACAACCACGCGGCGGCAGGCGAGGGCGAAAAGAUGGUCAUGGAUCUGCAGGAUGCCCACACCACGCUGGAUACCCUUGCGGCACAGAGCGAGCUGCGACUGUUCGACUCGGACACCUCCGGACUGCGCACGGGCGACAUUGCGUCGAGCGCCGAGCACGAUGACGAGGAUACGCUCGACUACCCGCCUCCCGCCAAGGGCAAGCGUGUUCGUCGCGCCGCGUUCGACGACGUACCCAUGGACGACGACGUUGAAGACGAUGACGAGCACGACGAUGUAGACAGCGACGCGGACCUCGACGACGAUGCCGACGAGGACGAGGAGGGAUACCGCCGCCGCGCAUUCUCCCGUCGAGCCGUCGAGGGAGACGAAGAAGGCACGUCCAAAGACAUCCCAUUUGCCGAUAGCGAUUCCGACAUGGGACUCGGCACCGACAACGACGACGACGAUGAUGCACCCUCCGACGGUGAUGCCGACGACCUUGACUCCGACGACGACGAGGUGGCGCCAUGGAAGCGCGACCUAGCCGCACGAGCCGAGGCCACGGUGCUUGCCAACAAGAGGCGCAAACCGAUCGACCUGACGCGGUUGAUCUAUGAGACGGACGCGACGCCGGAGCAGAUUGCAUCGGGCGACGUGCACGACUCGGACGAUGCGGAGGAGGAUAUCCGCCAGAUGGCCGAAGCGGACGAGGAGGAUUUCUUCCGUCCUGCCGAUGGAUCGCGCGCAGCUCAGGGCGCCAAGGCUGGUGAUGAAGAGUACCAGGACGUGCCGGACCAGGCACGUGCGGUGGUGCGCUCGCACGAACUGGACCAUUGGGCACACGAGCGCGUGCUCGACUCGAUCCGCCGCUUCUUCAUCACGGGCGACGAGCCCGAUCUCGAAGAGCGCAAGGACGGUUCGCGCGUCGAAGCUGCCCCCGUCGCCGACGAUGGUUCUGAAUCCGAAGCCGAGGCUCAGGAGGGCGCUGAGGAGGAUGAUACGGAAGAUGCUCGGGCCAAGGCGCUGGCGGCGAAGAAGGAGGCGCUCAAGCGUCGGUUCGACGAGCAGUACGACGAUCCCGACGCCGACACCAAGCAGGACUGGUACGACGAGCAGAAGGACGCGCUUGCCGCACAGGCUGCACUCAACAAGGCCGAGUUCGAAACGGUCGACGAGGACCUUCGUCACCAAGUGGUCGGCUAUGCUCCUGGUGCAUACGUUCGCAUUGAGCUGAGUAAGGUUGCACACGAGCUGGUGGACCACUUUGAUCCCGCCUACCCGCUCCUCGUCGGCGGCCUGUUGGCGAGCGAGGAGAGUUUCGGAUUCAUCCAGGUGCGCAUCAAGCGACACAGAUGGCAUCAGAAGAUCCUCAAGACCAACGAUCCGCUCAUCUUUUCGCUGGGCUGGCGGAGGUUCCAGUCGAUCCCCGUCUACUCGUUGGACGACGGUACGCGCAACCGAAUGCUCAAGUACACUCCCGAGCACAUGCAUUGUUUGGCAUCGUUCUACGGUCCCAUCUCGGCGCCCAACACGGGUUUCUGUGCGUUUAACACUCUUUCUACCAGUACGCCUUCGUUCCGGGUUAGCGCCACUGGAGUUGUACUGGAUGUGGAUGCGGGGUCGCAAAAGAUCGUCAAGAAGCUCAAGCUCACGGGCACGCCGGCCAAGAUCUACAAGAAUACGGCGUUUGUGCGCGACAUGUUUAGCUCUGCACUCGAAGUGGCCAAGUUUGAAGGCGCACACAUCAAGACGGUUUCGGGUAUUCGAGGACAGAUCAAGAAGGCGCUGUCCAAGCCCGAGGGCCAGUUUAGGGCGACGUUCGAGGACAAGAUCCUGAUGAGCGAUAUCAUCUUCCUGCGUGCUUGGUACACGAUCCAACCACGCAAGUUCUACAACCCGGUCACGUCUCUGCUGCUCUCUGGCAACCGGGGCUGGCAGGGGAUGAGGUUGACGGGUGCGGUUCGAAAGGAGCGACAACUCAAGGCGCCGAAUCACAUCAACUCGUCCUACCGCGACAUUGAACGGACCGAACGAAAGUUCAAUCCGCUCCGAGUUCCUCGAGCCUUGCAAGCGGAGUUGCCGUUCAAGUCGAAACCGAAGCAGAUGAAGGCAUCGACGAACCAGGGAUAUUUGGCCAAGAGGGCGGUGGUGUUGGAGGGCGACGAGAAAAAGGCGCUGGCGUUGCUGCAACAGAUGAAGACGGUGCAGAGGGAGAAGGAGGACAAGCGCAGGAAGAAGAACCUCGAAAAGCGACAGGAACGCAUCAAGAUCAACCAAAAGGACGACGAAAUCAAGGCUCAGAAGAGGAAGGCAGAGAUGAAGGAGAUCUAUCGUGUGCAGGGAAUGAAGGCCCAAAGCGCUGCAAAGAGGCAGAAGACCGCAAAGUAG